AUGGCGUGGCAACCAGAUGAACACGGUUUGAAGCAAAUUUUGGACCUUUUAAAGGAAAGCCAAAGUCCUGAUAAUGCUAUUCAACGAGCUGUUCAACAAGUAUCCUUCCUAUGUUAAAACUCUGACAUUAUCGUUAAUAUAAAACUGUUUAUUGAUCAUACAAAGUAAUCUAAGCGCGCCGUAUUUUUCUGACCAGGAAUGAAGAUGCCAUACACGUGGUGUCAUAUGCUUUGCCAUACAUGUCAUUCUACUUCUACAUUGUAAAUGUUUUAUCUACUUAACAAUUUAAUAAGAAAUUGGAGUCGCUCAAUCAAUUCCCGGACUUCAAUAAUUAUCUUAUUUUUGUUUUAACCAAACUUAAAACUGAAGGUAAUUUAUUGUGCAACCACUGAGUGGAAAAUUAAUAUAAUUAUUCAUCAGGAUUUGGGGCAUCUACACUCGAUAUGACUAAUUUGUAGAAGGGUUUUGUAGAUGGAAAUUGCGAAUAUAAAUGUAUAAAAUUCACACUUGCAAUUUCCAUCCACAAAGUCCUUAUCUACAAUAUAAUUUAAUAUUUAGUUACAUAAUGAUGUUACCAUUUUGAGACAGAAGUGACUGUGCAUGACAGUAGUAAUAUUUUAUUGUGAUUUCUUGUUUGUAUUUAAAGAUGAACCCACUCGAUCCCUGGCAGGUUUAAUUGUCAAAAACAAUGUGAAGUCAAACUAUCAUUUAUUCCCGGAUAAUGUUAAAGAGUUUGUGAAAACUGAGUGUCUGCAAGCCAUUGGUGAUCCAUCACCCUUAAUACGAGCAACAAUUGGUAUACUGAUAACAACGAUUGCUCAAAAAGGAGAACUUAUUCAUUGGCCACAGUUAUUGCCAUCUCUUUGUCAACUUCUAGAUAGUGAAGAUUACAGUGUCUGUGAG